AUGGCCAGCUCUAGUGUUAGAACGGAAAAUACGGAGGACAACGGUGAAAAUAAAAGAGGAACAGACGAUGCAAUAUCAGAAAGAAACCAAAAUGGGGGAAAGGAACAAGGUAGAGACAACAGACAAGAAAAAGAUAGCAGAGGGGAAAUUGAUGGGGGAAUGAACAGCAGAACGGGAAAGGAUAGCGGUGAAGGCAAAGCGGAAAAUGGCUAUUGGGAAAACGAAGGGGAAAAAGACAGCAGAGCAGGAAAGAGCAGUGGUGAAAGCAGAGGGAAAAAUUACAUUAAGGAAAGUAAAGGAUUAAUAGACAACAAAACAGGGAGGGGAAGUGGUAAUACCAGAGGAAAAGAUGACACCCGAGAAAAUGUAAGUCGAAAGGCAAAGGACCCAAACACUCUUAAAUGCUCCCUUUGUUACGAAAAUUUUAAGGAUCCACGAUUAUUGGAUUGUUACCAUUCCUUCUGCAACGAAUGUUUGAAAUACCAGAUUGAAGCUAAAGGGACACUUUCGAGUUUCGAGUGUACCAUUUGUGGAGCUGUAAGUAAAAUCCCUCAGAAUAAAGAGGAGGGCUUUCCUAAAAAUAUCUACUUUUUCAACAAGGAUGGAAAUGCGAUUUUAAAGUGUGCUGUUUGCGGAGAAAAAACGAGGGCUGAAUUUUACUGUUUUGUAUGUGAUCAGAAUUACUGCUCAUUUUGUCUUCGGGUACACUCCAAAUUACAAGGUACUAAGAGUCACAGAAUCGUGACCAUUAGUGAAAAGGGAGACAGAAUGAUAUCACAAAGUGCUGCGUUGUGUGAAUAUCACACUACGCAGGAGUUGAAAUAUUUUUGUGUAACCUGUAAACUACCAAUCUGCAUGGACUGCAACAUGACAAUGCAUAAGAGUCACGAGUGUAAAGAUGUAUCCGAGGCAGUCACAGAGUUUCGAAAUUCCCUUGAAAAUGCCAUUAAACAUUCGGAACACAGUAAUUUUAUUGAAAAGCUAUCAAACGAAAGAGCAAAAGCAAAGAAAGAAAAGAAUAAGAUGCUAGAUACUGAAGAGAAGCUACUCGAUGCAAUAAGGGAACAAGCAAAACUUUUUCACAAGCUAGUCGACGAUAUUCAAGAAGAAUGUUCCAGUAAGGUAUUGGAAUACUCCCCGGACAACAGUCCUAUGAAGAAUGUAGAAAAGAUCAAAUUGCAGUAUUUAGGGCUCUAUGAAUUUUCCACUAUGCUUUUAGAACAAGGAAACGAUAUUGAUAUCAUCAUUCACGGCACAAAACUGACUGAAAGGUUGGAAAAAGUUAAAAAUUCUACUGCUGAACCACCUGCAAAGGACAAUACAAAUAUUGACUUUAUAAAGGGGUUUUUAAUGAAGGAGAAAGUGAGAGACCUGUUUGGGUUCAUUUCGAUUCCAGAGAAGAAGGAAGGGGUUAAAGAGAUAAGACUUGUAAAAUGGUUCGACUGUGAAAUGGAGGAUACCGUUAUAACUGGGAUUUCUUGUGUGGAAGAAGACAAAGCAUGGAUAUGUAUGGGAAAUGAAGGAGUGGUAAAAUUAUACGAUAUAAAAGGCAAGUGUCACGACUCUUUUGUCACUGAUUAUAAACUAGAUGAUAUCACUUAUGAUGGAAAAGGAACUCUUUAUCUCUCUUGCAACGCAAGAAAAAUGGUUGUAAAGAAAGAGGGUGACUCCGAGCCACAACCCUUUCUCCGUACAAAAUGUUGUGCCCGCGGUAUGACUUUUGACAAGAAUUGCAAUACACUCACUGUAGGUUUAACGGAAAAGGACGUGUUUUAUAACUGCAGUGAAAACCCAUCAGCAUCGAUGGUGAAGAUGCAAAACAUGAAGACAGAGAAGAAAGUAAUGGGUAGAAACACAAUACAGUAUCCAGCUAGAAUUGCCGCUAACACAGAAGAGAGCUGGUUAGUGAUAUCGGACUGGAUAGCACUUCAGGUGGUGCUGACAGACAGUGAAGGGAACCAGUUAAACUCUUUUGAUGGCAAUGCCCCGGAGUGCAUGGACGAGUCGGAAUUUAUACCACGUGGCAUUUGCUGUGAUUCCAAGGGGCAGAUUUAUGUCGUAAAUAAUGCUUCGAACUCUGUUUGGAGACUAACUGCUAAUGGUCGCUUCGACAAAAAGAUUGUUGACAUUGAUGAUUGUUGGUCGCUUGCAUGUGACGAUAAGAACAGACUAUGGAUUGGUACACAAAGUGGCAAAAUCUUCAUUUUUCAAGUGUGAUCGAUGAGUAAAAAGUUGAAAACCUAUGCAUUCCUUCGCUACUUGCUUUUUUUCUAAAAUGUCUAUUGCUGAAAAAAAAGUAAAAUUUAUAAACAUAGGAGUGAAUAGAACAAGUUUUAUUUAAUCAAUUUAAGUGGUCUGGAUGUUUUUUUCCGAUUGCUUGAAUUAAAUAUUUUCAAGACAGACGUGUGGUAAUAUAUCAGAUAGCAAAAUGCUGUAUAGAAACUUAAUAUAUAUG